AUGCCCAAGCAAGUUAGCGAACAAAGCCGAAAGAGUUCCGGAACUCGUCGUAUGAAUUCGCAGGGACCCUCUGUGCCGUCUCUCCAGAGAGACUUUAGUUUUGAAUUUUCCAAUGAUGAGAAGCAGAAUAAUCCUGUGUUCCAUACCAUCAUAAAACCUGCUCUCGAAGGCAAGAGUGUGAGGCGCUACGAUUCGCCUUCAGAGUCCGAGCAAGAAUUGAAUUAUGUCUUCAACAAGGAAGAGAAAGGGGGUUUGGUUAAUGGGCUCUCUCGUUGGGCAUCUGUGUCCUCGCUCAAUACCGAAAGUUCGUUCUUCCUUGAGGGAAAUCUUCAUCCCGAAGUCACGCGCGAGCUUAGCAUCGACGAUCCAAUAGAAGAAGAAGACGAGGACAUAUAUACUGGGUCUGUUUCCGGGAGAAGCGAGACGACUGAACGUAUAUUCGAAGAUUAUGACAGCAGAACCGAGAUUGGUUCAGCGUCCCGUUACGGAACACCAGCAUCCGUCUAUUCUGGGACUAGUGGAAGAAGGAUCACCUCGAGCACUGAAGCUGAAGAAUUCACCGCGAUAGACUUUAAUUAUGAAGAUGAUCGCGAGAAAACGCCAACAUCCACUGCUCCCAUAAACGAGCCACAGUUUGGGUAUCAUAGUGGCACCCCAAACGUAAUAGUAACUCACAGUGUUUCGGCUCCUAUCACGCCCCGUCGAUACCCUACGCGCAGUGGACAAGUCCCACCGGAAAAAACGAAAUUUCGGAGUCCCCAAAAGCCUCGUCCUAAAAGGGCAUAA